UUUAGGCCUGUUUUUGCUGACUACAUCGUGUACGAGCAGCACCGUCACGAGUUCAUGAACCAGCCUCGCGCAAGAGCGGCACUUCUUCAUGGUGGCCUCAUAUGGCGGCUGGCUUUACAUAGUCUUGGGUUCGAUGUUCUCCCCUCCGUUCUCGAUGGCAUUUCGCGGGAAGCGGUACCGUUUGGCCUCAUGCUGGACAUUAAUGGCCAGACUUAUUUUGAUGAUGAGCUGUCAGAAGAGGAGGUAGAUUUCAUGUGCGGGACGUAUUAUCUGCAUACCAACGACGGGAAUGUUGAAAUCGUCUCCUGGUGGCCCAGGCCCCAGGCCUGGGCUGCCUCAGGACUAAACGUGGGGUUCUGGUCCAGUCAAUGCGAAUUUUGGUUCCAGUCACGCCUGGACAACAUUCGACUGGGUGUUUCACGCGAGCGACAUACAUUCACUGAUGAUGCGAACGGUCCAAUGACUGGCUCGAAGUGGAAAGGCUCACUCAAAUUCAAUGCAGGCACCAACAAAAUGAUGAAAAAUGUCGACGCGGCGUCUUGCAGUUUUCUU